AUCAAUCCGGCGCUGAAUUCAAACACAUCUGCCCGAGUUUGUGAGAAACGGUGAAAAUGGACAGAUUAUUGAAGUGAAAUAAGAAUAAACAGUACUGAAGUUUGUUUGGAAGUUUGUCUUUUAGAGAGAUGAUGUUGAGGAGAAGGAGCAGCAGCAGUGCUAACGUCUCAUCCAGGCGCCGGAGCAGUGGUGUGGGAUUUGAUGAGUUUGGAUUCGCCUUCAUUAAGAGGAGAGAGAGGAGACUGCAGCACAGAUCCCAUGACUACAGCUAUCCUCAGCCGAAUGCCGUUAAAGUUAAAGAGCUGUGUGAACUGCUCAGCUAUUGGAAUGGAUCCAGUUUCAUUUGCAGAAACCAGAUUGAACGCUUUAUCCGUAUCGGUAUUCCUCCAGUGCUGCGUGCCCGGGUGUGGAAGUGUCUGCUGGACAUCGAGGCUGUCCGAGCAGCCAGUGAUUUCAACUAUAAGGUGUGUCUUAGUGAGAUCAGGAAACCCCUGGUGGACCUCGGCGUGAGCGAGUACAGCAUCAUUUCAGCCAUCAGUAUUCUGGGAGAGAGAGAGAACGAGCUGGGUUCAGCUGCUGCAGGCUCUCUCAGUGUCGACGUGCCUCUCUUCAGACAGAUCGCUCUGGACCUUCAGAGAUCUUUUCCAACACAUCGCUCUCUGAUGGGAGACACUCCUGAAGCCAUCGAGGGUCAGGCCAAGCUUUUCCGAGUUCUCACAGCGUACGCCAGAUAUAACCCUCAGAUUGGGUACAGCCAAGGGAUGUCGUACAUCGCCGCCGUCUUGCUCAUGCUUCUCGGUGAGGAGGAAGCUUUCUGGGCUUUGGUGGUGCUGCUUGAAAAACCUAAAUACCUGUCUGAGCUGUUCGACUCCUCGCUGAAGAAGAUCCAACAUCAUGCACUGGUGUUUCAGCAGUUACUAAAACACAGGAAGCCUCAAGUAUUCCAGCAUCUGGAGAAACUGGGCGUGUCCUCUGUUCAUUUCAUAAUGCAGUGGUUUCUGACUCUCUUUACCUCUCUCCCAUGCUGGGACUCGGUGCUGGCGAUCUGGGAUCUCUUCCUGCUGCAAGGUAUGGUGGUGGUGUUUCGUGCAGGUUUAACAGUCCUCCAGCUCCUGGAGUCUUGUCUAAUGAGUAUGACGGAGGAGGCGGCCGUGUUGCCUGUUCUGCUGCGUGUUCCUGUAGAUGUCUCUCAGUACAGUGUCCUGAUUCCAGCUUUAUGGAGUACAGAGGUGCAGGAGUGGGAGAUCAACUGCAUGAACAGACUCAUACUGGAGGAGACUGAUGAGGGUCAUGGCACAGAUGAACCUGACGACCGCAGUCCCGUGUCUCACAGCUGUGAAGAACAGAACGAGCGGAGAGCUGAGGAAGAGAAGAAUGAACCUUCUAGAAAAGAGGCUGUAGGCUCAAGUGGGAGGAAUGUGUUCACACGCAUGCUGAAAGCAGCACAGCGCUACCUGGCAGACACGAGCAAGCAGAGCAACGCAAAGACCAUUACCUCUCCUGGUAAAAGCAGCCAAGCUCCAGCCCUGGUGCUGAAGAGGAGAACGUCUGCUGCCUUCAGCCUGAGCCGGAGAAGAAAGAGCCACAGCAGACAAUCCCAGAAUGCACCUGUGUCCAGAAAGGGACCAUUUACCCUUCAGGAUGGUGAUGGAGGUGCUACAGAGGACAGCUCCCCGAUGCCCCUCCGGAGGCUGCGCUCGGGUCCCGUGGGUCGUGUGGCACGCAGACGCAGCGGUGUCCAGGUCCAGUCCACCCGGGUCAGAUCUCUCCAGCAUCGCACUCCCAGAACUCCCAACUCCUCCUGCACUAAACUGGGGCGAAACGAGGCUAGCGUGGAGAUCCGGGAAGCCCCACACAGUGUCUACAUGUCUACACCAAGUCAAUUCCUCACUCCAGGAUUCCUGGAGAAUCUCCAGUCUCCUGUACAUGGUGGGCGUGAAGUGGGCGUGUCUGUGCAGGAAAACACUAAUUAUUGUGCAGGACGCGGGGUUAUAGAGGAAAACAAGACUCAGUAAUAUGACGUUUUGACCACUAGGGGGCGCCCGUUUCAUUCCUGGAGGAGCACUGCUGGACUGGUCCCUGACCAUCUCUCAGGGUCAGAGGUAGGUAUACAUCUAGUGUCUGUUCCUGCACCGAGGUGGUGGAAUGAAAUUCCCCUGGAUGUCCGAACAACCGAGUCACUGACCGUCUUCAAACGACGGAUGAAGUCCUACCUCUUCAUGAAGCACUUAAACUAGCUCUUAUUUUCCCUGUUUGUUUUAUGUAUUUAAAGAAUUGCUAUAUUUUUAAGCUGAUGGUGUAUCCUGUCUGUGACCUAUUGACCCAGUGUUAAUGUAUUCAUUGAUAGAGACUCCAAAGCACUCUUGUACAUCUCUCUGGAUAAGAGCAUCUGGCAAAUGCCAGAAAUGUAAAUGUUAAAAAGCAGCUAAAUAAAUAGCUUGUUUUUAUAUUUACUUCUAUUUCCGGGGUUGAUUCAAAACUCAUUUGUUGACAUCGGUCUGAUUUGUGACUGUAUGAAAUAUCAUCAGAUUAAGACUAAAACGAACAUUAGGACACGACCUUGUCAUGGAGUUCAUUUGUUUAAUUUCAUGUCCUUGUUUCUUUUCCUCUCUUCUCACUGCCUUGCUGUGGACAAAAGGAAAGGAUGUGACCAGAGGAAAUAAGGUCAGGCCAGGUGGAUUUGCUGAACAUGACAUCCUUACACACUGGACACUUAGUGACCGUGUGAUAAAGCUGUACACAGACC